UUUUUUACUGUUGUUUAUGAUUAUUUAGUUUAGGAAUUAGGACAUAAUAUAUGAAUUUUAUAUUCUAAUUCUGAAUUCUCGAUAUUUUAUUGGUCUUGAUGAAUUAUGAUCCUAAAUCAUUAUUAAUUGUAUAAUAUUACGGUCAGAAAUGUUCAAUAUGAUGCCGAUCCUUAUGAAGCGUAUAAAAAGUCAGCGGCAAGAUAGGGAGAAAUUACGAAAUGGAAAUAUUCCUCAAUUUGAAUGCUGUAGGACCUGCUUGUCAGUUGAAAAUCUUAAUAAUAUUUUUAACUCCAAAGCGUUAAUAAUUAAACGUAUGCAACAACUUGAGUUAAUCACUGGAUUGCAGAUUAAAUAUAAUGAUGGACUUUCUCAAAAAAUGUGUACAAGAUGCUUAGCUAUGAUGAAAAAUGCAUUGCAUUUUCGACUGAUAAGUUUUAAAGCUCAAAAAUCACUUCUUGAAAUAAGGCAGAAAUACAACAAUUCUGAAGAUAAUAAACAUGUUAUGAAAAUUGAGAGAAAUAAUGAUAAUCUUAAUCAGGAAAUAGAUGAGUCUAAUAAAAGUAUCAAUGAUAAUGUAUCAAGAAAAGAUGUUAAUAAGUCAUCUUGUCUUCUACAUAAGAUAUCUAAUAGCAUAAAGAGACCAAUGAAGAGAAAAAGACUUUUCAUACCGGAUGCUGGUUCAUACACUUGCCCAGUUUGUAAUAUUGUGUUAACAAGAAAACCAUCUUUCUUACAGCAUCUAAGGUACCACUAUCACCCGCAAGUCUGUGAGAUGUGUGGUAAGCAAUGUAGAUCAAAGUCAUCAUUACAAUCUCACAAGCAAGCUAUGCAUGGCUUUGAUAAAAUAUUUAAAUGCAAACAGUGUGACAAGAGUUUUGCUUACAAGGAUGCUUACCGGAUUCACGUCCGAACGCAUACCGGCGAAAAGCCGUACAUUUGCGACAUUUGCGGGGCUAGAUUCCACAGACGCGGGACUUUUGUUCAGCAUUUGGGAGUACAUAAUCCAGAAAAUACUGUGCAAUGCGAAUUAUGUCCUGCGCGCGUUAAAUCUAUAAAAUUUCUCCACGCACACAAAAAUAGAGUACAUUCGGGGCGGCGGUAUCGCUACAUUUGCCCAAUAUGUGAUCGACAAUUUCGGAUACCCGCAAAUGUUAGGAAACACGCAUGGAAAGUUCACGAAGUUGCAGAAAAUGAUUUGGGAACUAUUGUUAGGAUUAAUACAUUUCUUCAGGACCCCUAGCACAAACAAACACAUCGAAUAUUUGGUCAAAAUAAUUUUACAUUUGGCAACUUGAGCGCUCUGUGGAUGUAUUUAGGAUUUUUAAACGAGAGAAAAUCGCUUUACGACUAACUUGACCCACUAAAGACAAAAGUUUUUGUAUGUAAAUAACAUUUGCCUAUACUGCCGUAACGUUAGUGGUCCUCUCCUGUUGCAAAAUGAUUUUAUUAAGACUUAAGUUAUAAAAUAAUUACCUAAUUAUAACCGAUAUCCGAGUCGAAACACUAUUCCGACUAUUAAAUAUGUAACAUUAUGUAUCACAUUGUCAAUUGCGAAAUUCGAUAGUCUGUGAGGCGAACGUUGUGUGUGUGUGUGUGUCUGUGUGUGUGUGUGUGUGUCACGCGCCGGCCAACAUUCUGCACAGACUUUUAGUAUGAAUAACUUAAGUGUGUAAUAAUUUGAAAGAUCCCCCUCAUAAACCGGUAUUUUACAAAAGUGGCAGUGUUGCACCGUUGAUUUAUAGUACAAACCAAAAAAAAUGUAGAUUUAAUAAUAAUGUAAUAUUAGAUUUUAAUAUUUUUUUAUAAACAUGACCUAAUAACUCUAGUCAUUGUUUCUUGUCAUUAAGUUCAUACACAGAUAUUGUCUAUUGGUUUUUACCGAUGUAAUUUUUUAUGGUAUUAAAAUUAUUAAUUAGAAUCUCGUAUACAAAAAAGUAUAUAAAGUAAUUUCAAGAUAUGUCCAUAAAUU